AUGUCGUCUCCGGAGAGCCAUUUUUUGAUUUGUCGAGUAUGUGACGAUUCGAAUGGUCAACCGCAUUAUGGAACUAUUUGUUGUCCAAGUUGCAAAGGAUUCUUCCGUCGUGUCUACAUGUCAGAAAAGAAGUUCGAAUGCUAUCGUGGUAACAUGUGUGUCAUCGAGAAGGGAACCCGUAAUAUAUGCAGAGCAUGUCGGUACAAAAAGUGCCUUCAAGUUGGAAUGAACGUCAAAGAUAUCCGCGGAAAGUACAAUUCGACCAGCACAGAUUACGAAAGAUCGAGCUCCUCCGCGGAAAGUACUCCAAAGAGCUCAAAGGAUACCGAGUUGGGUGUGUCCGAGGCGAUGGAAAUGGCACAGGUUUAUAUGAAUUUAGAGAAGUAUUGUGAGAACAAUUAUUGUGAAUCUAACAUGUGUCGAGAUGAGGAAAAUUUACUGAUAGACCGAAUGCUGAACAGUAAUGUUCUGGAAUUGAUCCAGAAGACGUCACCACAGUGUCCACGAUUUAAAAGAGAUUGGAAACCUCUGGAAAUUUUGAAUCUUGAGAACUUUUGCCGGAGUUGGUCAAGGUCUAUCGUGCACUUUUUAGAUUUUGCAACUAGAUUUCCAGUUUUUAAUCAACUAUCGACAAGUGAUAAGCGUGCCUGGUUUAUUAGUCGCCUUGCUCCGUGUUCCUUCCUCACAAUGGCUUAUCAAACACGAGUGGAAAUGUGCGAAGGCCUUCUUUUCGGCUGCUCCAAUGUCUAUCCGUUGAAAUCGGAUCGUUGGACUUCUGUAGAAAAUGAGCAUUUGAGAGGAUUAUUCUCUUCAAUCACUGAAACUAUGUUCUCGUUUGUAAUCUACCCGAUGAUGAAUCUCAAAAUCACAGAUCUCCAUUAUUCACUUCUCAAAGCAUGCGUUUUCUUCUCAACAGGUAUCGUGGUAACAUCUGUAUCUGAUAAAGGAAUGGAAUUAAUGAGAAAUGAGUACGCGAAGCAUAAGAAUGCACUAUUGAAGUUAUUGAUGAAUGGAGUGGAAAAUUUCAGUGAGCAAACGGACAUUCUAUUCCAAAUCCAGGACGUACAAAACACUUUGGAGAGAAUAUCCGCCCACUUUGAUCAGGAAAUCCAAUAUUUCCAUUUUUUGGGACUUCCCAUCGUAAACAAGAAUCUACUCGUCGAAUGCCACAUUAAUAAA